GCUCUUUCCCUUGGGGCAGGUGGGCGGGGCUUGUCGUCCUGACAACCCGGGAGCGUUCGUCCGCACACUCUGAGCUCCGAUUUGGCCGACUGCCGAGGGAGGCUGUGCUGGCUGCAGAAUGUCUGGCAGGAAGAAGAGGAAAAUCACCAAAGCUGAACGAUUAAAGCAGCUACAAGAGGAGGAGGAAAGACGGCAGAAAGAGGAAGGUACAAAAUACACAGUGUUACUAUUUUCAUAUGCAAGAAAUAUAACAGUAGAGGAGGCUCGUGUGAAAUAUGAAAAAGAAGAAAUGGAAAGGCUUGAAAUACAACGGAUUGAGAAAGAAAAAUGGCAACAACUUGAAGCAAAAGAUCUGGAAAGGAGAAAUGAAGAACUUGAAGAACUUUAUUUAUUAGAGGGGUGUUUUCCUGAAGCAGAGAAAUUGAAACGAGAUACUAGAUUGCUUUCUCAGUGGAAACACUACAUUCAAUGUGAUGGGAGUCCUGAUCCUUCAAAAUCCCCAGAAAUUAAUACUUUCAUUAGCCUGUGGAAAGAGGAAACAAAUGAGACUCUUGAGGAAGUGAUUGCGAAGAGUAAACUAGUGCUAAAUUUAAUUGAUAAAUUGAAAUUAAUUUUAUUGGAAACACCACCAUAUGAUUUGGAAGAUAAAAAUAUAGCACAGUACCAAGGAUCCAUUCUAGAACUGCAGGAGCUCCUUCACCUUAAGUUUAACAUAGCCACAGAAAUGCUCCUCAGACAAGCUAGUACAUUAGCAGAUCUGGACAGUGGAAAUAUGGAAAAAGUCAUUCAAGAUGAAAAUGUAACUCUAUAUGUGUGGGCAAACCUCAAGAAGAAUCCAAGGUACAAAAGUGUCAGAUUCUCUGAAACACAAAUUGGAUUUGAAAUUCCAAGGAUUUUAGCAACAAGUGACAUUGCUCUACGCCUCCUACAUACACACUAUGACCAUGUCACACCACUGCGCCCUGUUCCAACAUCAUUACAAGAACAUACUGCCACAGUAACUCACUUUGUCAAGGAUGAAGUUCAGAAUGAAGAAGCAGCAAUCAGCAGAGAGCUCCAAGAAGAGGGUAAACAACGAGAAAAUGAGUCUAACUCAGUUCAGGAAGAAGAAACAAAAUUUGAGGAAGAAGGUGAUAGUGAAGUACAAAUGAGUUUUGUCCAGGAAGAACCUGAAGCCACAAAAUUUGAACUGGAGAUGAAAUUAUUAAGUGAAACAGUUUUAUCAGCACAGUUGUUGCUGAUAGAGAAUGCUAAUGAAAAGCCGUGUUUCUUUGAAGACAAUGAGGUUGAUUUAUGCCAAUUCACAACCCUGGGUGGAGUGUACCACUUGGAUACUUUGGAGCUUCCCCCACAGUGUAAACCAAUGAAAGGCUGGAUGAUUGUGGAAAUACUCAAAGAAGGAUUGCAGAAAUAUAUCUAUCCUCCAGAAACUACAGAAGACGUUGAAACAGAAAAUGCUUUCCCACCCAUAGAGGUCACACUUGAGGUUCAGAAGAAUGUAAUCUUUUUUGAGGAUCCUAUGGUUGCAAGGUGGGAUGCUGAAGGUAAACAUUGGCAAACUGAUGGCAUCAGCAAUGUCUCUUACAAAUCAGAAGAGAGACUUAUAACAUUCAGCCUAGAAACUUUUGGCCCCGUUACCUUGAUUCAAGAUUCUCAUAUUAACAUGCCAUUCCAGUCAUGGGAACUAAGACCACUUGAUGUGAAUAAAGUACUUUUGACUGUGACUACAGUAUUUACUGAGAUUCAAAUACAAAUUAAGGAAAACCUCUGCAUGUUAGCAUCAAUCAAACUAAAUAACAAAAAGCAUUCCUCUAUUUUGGAAGGAAAAUGGAUGACUCCUAUUUCUUUCAUUUGUACUUUGAAAGAAGCUGGAUUGAAUAUCUUCCCUAGUGGACACUCUCAUUUUUAUGUUGUUAUAAAUUAUAAGGAUCCUUUAGUAGAAAUGAAAGCUUAUCGACAACUGGCCCUGUUAAGUUCUGCUUUUGCAUUUGGUUGGAGCAAGUGGAAUAUAGUAUGUAAUUCAAAAAAAGUUAUAGUUAAGCUGAAGGAACACCUUACUGAAGAACCUACUCAGAAACCUAAUUGGACCCUUUUAAUGUUCAGUGGUGACAGAGCACAAAGGCUCAAGAUCAAUGAAGACAGUGAGGCAUUCUCUGAAGCCCUUCAGGAAGAAACUGAGUUUCAUUCUACUUUAUAUCACAUGGUUAAGGAUUUUGCUUCCAAAAAAGCAAUGGAAAAAAUUAGGAGCUCCAACUGCCAGGUUAUUGACUCUGUGUGCUAUAUGCUACUCUCAACUCGAUUACUCAGCUAUUCUUAAUCCCCACUGAUAAAUUUUAUGCAGUAUGAAGAAUCAAGCACCUUGGAGCAAAAUCAGGUAUUUCUUCAAUAAAAUGUAAUGAGUGAAUAUAUUUCAAGAGGUUAUUAAAAUUUAAUAAGCAUUUUAUACUCAAAUUUUAUUUUUUAAAAAGUGGGGUUCCCCCCCCGAUGAAUAUUUGGCCUACUGAGACUUUCACUUUUCAUUCUAGGAAGACUUGAGGUUCUUUAUUUCAAUAAAUUUUGACAAACAAUAUAUAAUACCUCCUCCUCAAAAAGCUCAUUAAAAAUCACAGGCAGGAUUCCUCCCCAUUGUAUUUUAGCCAGAGAGGAAAUCGCAGAAAGAGGGAAUGUAAAAUACCUUCCAGUCCUUCUGAGACCCUCUGGUUCAACGCUAUACUUUCCCAGCUAAAAAUGACUAAUUUACGAAGUUCAGAUACUGAAACUUUAAAAACCAAGACACACACGUUAAGAUGUGCUCUAGUCACACGGGUGGUGGUCCAUUGUGUUGGAGUCUGGUAAAUGGCCACAAGAUUUGCUCUACAGACAUCCAGGAGUCCCCAUCUGGCGUGGGAGCAGCAUCCACAGACUUUUGGAAAAAUCGUCCUGUGAGGAAGCUCAUCAAAGCUGCAAACAGUACAAUGAAUGCAACAGAAAGCCAGAGUGCCUUAUUCGCCUUUCUGAAGGAAGUCUUGAGAUUUGUUGCCCAUGAAGCUACUGUGUCAUAACUAUAAGGAAAACACAAAUUCAGAAUCUGUUACUAGAAACACUCCUUUUGCCAACAAUACCAGUCAAGUCAUCGAUCUGCCCUACCUACCACAAACAUUGCCUUAUAAUAAGCUACAUAAUGUGACCUGCUAUCUUGGUUUGGGCCACAAUUUGCCCCACUCCCACCCAAUAAUUUUUUAGAAUUAAAGAAAUGAUUUAGAGUUAAGAAAUGCUAUGGUGAUGAUCUGAAAUUUAGGUGACUCGGGCAUUAUUUAACUCCUAACAAGAACAUUUGAGUAUUUAUCUCAUUCCUUGAAUCAGGUAAGGCAUCUUAAAUUCCUACAGUAGUAGAAACAAAAAUGCUAUUUAUUGAGUAGAGCAUGAUAUGUGUGUAUAUACAUAUGUCACUUAUUUCUCACCAUACCCUGGACUUGUGCUAUAUUGAAAUUUAAACUAUUUUUAGUUUAAGAAAGGAGACACACAAGAAAAGCCUACUAUAACAUCAACUAAGUCUUAGCAUUUUACAUGUGCUACUGUUGUCGUCCUAUCUUCUAGAUGAAGAAAUUGCCGCUCAAAAGUAGAUGAACUUGCCUAGGCCCCUCUGCUCCAGGACCAAGUUCCUAACUGUGACCUGUCACUGGUUCAGGGAUAACUCCUGUAGACCAUGUGAAGUUUGUUUUUUUUAUCUUAAAUUUAACAAUUUGACAGGUCUUUUAGUACUUUGACUAAGAUUAACCUGUUAACCCUGCCUCAUCUUUCCCCAUUCCACAAAAAUGGUAUCAUUAGCAAGCAGACAACUUACAUUGAAGAACCAUCCCAUUUUGAUGGAUUAUUUCUCCUUUCAGAAAGACUUGGCUUCCUUGUCCUUUCUACUGUUUCUUCUCCAGGUGGUUCUGAGUCAUCUUUAGUUCUGUAAAUAAGUAUUAUGUUUAAAUGUUUGAAACUAUGGAUAAAAUACCAGAUUAUUUAGAAAAUAUUGCUAAAUUUUAUUGUAUUACUAAAGAGGCUCUCAGGUAUUUGUUUUGCUUUGGAAAGAUGUGCUAUAUAGUUCUAAAAUCAAAUCACUAAAUUUUUAUUUAUAGGAAUUUAAUUUUAAAAACUUGCUAUAUUUAGAAAAAUGUUUGUUGUAGGAAGUUGGGAUACUAGCCAAAGGAUAAGUAAAAAGGAGAAAUUUACAAAGAACAUGUAGAAGUUCGUCAGUUAUCACCACUCAUAAUUAACUGGUGUUAUUAACCUGUGAUUUCUUUCUCUGCUUGUGUAUAGUAACUAAACUUUAAAAAACAAAGGUGAAUAUUUCUUCCUCUAUAUUCUUUUUAUUCAACAUAUGGUAAAAUUUUUCUCCUUCUACCCCUUAAUAUAUUAAAAGUGGAUUUUAUGCUAAACUGGA